AUGUUUCAUUUGAAACUCAAUUCGACUCACCUUCAAAAGGAUAUUGGCGACUCCGGUGUGUCCGCGGGCGCACGCCUCCAACAGCGGCGACCAUCCGUUCUUGCUCUGCUUGUUCUGCACAAUCUGCACGGCGCCCGCACCGAUCUUGUUCACCAUGGCCAGCAGGACCGCCUGAUUUCCGCUCCGGGCGGCCAUGUGCAUCGCCGUCUCGUUCCCCUCGUCACCUCGUUCCUGCUCGCUGUCAAGGCUGGAAAAGAUCAGAUAGUCGACAAGAUGAUCCGGAAGGCGCCCGCGUCGACUACAUCACGAAAGACGGCCGCAACGCCACGCACAUCGCCGCCAUGUACUCUUCCGUCGAAACUCUUGAGCUGA